GGUUACAAAACUCAUUGUUUCCCAUGGAUUCUCCACCAAAUAGCGAAGGAAAAGAUAGUGAAAGGCGGACCGACGAUCUGGAGCCCAGCGCUGCGGGUAAAUUUCACAAUAGCCCUGCUGCUCUAGAUAUUCGGCACGUAAAGGACGCACAAAGUUCAACAGGUAGUUCCUAUCCUAAACCAACCAAGAAGCGCCAACGUAAGAUGUCUCGCCGUGGAGAAUCAACCAAGUGUAGGGCCGACAACGCACGAUGGACAAAGGAGUUUGAGGUUUUACUAGUGUCGAUCUUCUACUCACACUUUCAGGCUGGGCACCUAGUCGGCAAGGAUUUCACAAAGGCUACUUGGGGGCAAAUCGCCCAGGAGUUUGCCCAGGAAACGCGGAAACCUUAUCAACUAUAUCAGCUGCAGGGUAAGUACGUCUGUCUGCGAGAAGCAUACUGCCUCCUAACUGAGCUACGAAACAAGCAAACUAGGUUAGGUUGGGAUGCUGAACGGGGGGUUGUUACAGGUGAUUUGAUGCUUAUGGAGGAAUGA